CUUGUAGCUACUACUACUCCAACUUCUGAAAAACGUGCAAACUCACUUUUUAACCAGUUUUACAUAUUAAAUUCCCUCACAUUUAUAAUUAGACAUCAAUUAAAUUCCAAAAAUGAGAGGCAAUAAUAAUAAUAAAGAGUUCCGCGCAAUAAUGGAGAGGAAUCGUUGACAAAACGGCAGAGCAAAUGUGGAGCAUUGGAUCUGAAAGCAAGACCAAGUGAGGGCCGUCCGAUGGGGGGCGGCUCAAGUUUGGGUUUGGAAUCACUCAGUAAGUCCAACACGCGCUUUCUUCCCUACUUCCAGUAACCAUCGUCUUCCAAAAAAUGGAGUAUUAUUCGCGUUAGUGUUCGUGUUCGUGUUCCUGUAUAUAUACAGAUAUUCACCCCUACAUGCAUCCUAUCCUUCUCCAAUCUUCCAUCUUCCAACAUUCUCGUUAAUAUACAUGGCUGACAUGGGAGCUGCCGGCGGCCAGUACCCCGAUUUUCCGGCGGUGGCCACGCACGGCGGCCAGUUUAUCCAGUACAAUAUCUUCGGCAACACCUUCGAGGUCACCACCAAGUACCGCCCCCCGAUCAUGCCUAUUGGCCGCGGAGCUUACGGCAUAGUCUGCUCGGUGAUGAACUCGGAGAGCAACGAGAUGGUGGCGGUGAAGAAGAUUGCCAAUGCCUUCGACAACUACAUGGAUGCCAAGAGGACUCUCAGAGAGAUCAAGCUUCUUCGCCACUUGGAUCACGAAAAUGUUAUUGCUAUAACAGAUGUGAUUCCUCCUCCUCUAAGGAGGGAAUUCACCGAUGUUUAUAUAGCAACGGAGCUGAUGGAUACUGAUCUUCACCAAAUAAUUCGGUCUAAUCAGGGGUUAUCAGAGGAGCACUGUCAGUACUUCUUGUAUCAGCUUCUAAGAGGCCUAAAAUACAUACAUUCUGCUGGUGUGAUACAUAGAGAUUUGAAGCCUAGCAAUCUGUUGCUGAAUGCGAACUGUGACCUCAAGAUAUGCGACUUUGGGCUGGCACGAACGAGCUCAGAGAACGACUUCAUGACAGAGUAUGUUGUGACGAGAUGGUACAGGGCACCCGAGCUCCUGCUCAAUUCGUCCGAGUACACUGCUGCUAUUGAUGUUUGGUCGGUUGGUUGCAUUUUCAUGGAGCUUAUGAACAGGAAGCCGUUGUUUGCUGGGAAAGAUCACGUGCAUCAAAUGCACUUGUUGAUUGAGCUUCUAGGCACACCUACUGAUUCCGACCUCAACUUCACAAGAAACGAGGAUGCAAGAAGGUACAUCCGACAGCUUCCACGCCACUCUCGUCAGAACUUAGCUCAGGUUUUCCCACAUGUCAAUCCUCUGGCUAUUGAUCUUAUUGACAAGAUGCUGACAAUAAAUCCAGCAAAGAGAAUCACAGUGGAAGCAGCCUUGGAACAUCCUUACCUUGCAAAGCUACACGAUGUAGCCGAUGAACCAGUUUGCUUAACGCCAUUCGCCUUCGAUUUGGAGCACCAAAUGCUGACAGAGGAGCAGAUGAAGGACAUGAUCUACAAGGAGGCUUUGGAACUGAAUCCGACCUACGUGUGAUGCGACCUCUCGAGUGAUCACUAGCUAUAUUUGUACUCAGACAGCAUAAGACUUAAAAUAACUAUGCUUCGACUUCUACUUCACCCGCUCCAUUUUUUCGCUUGUGCAAGGCCUUGAACCUGCCGAGUUACAUAUUUCAUCUCUUAUGUUUUCUGUAGACUGUAUUCUGUAUUGAGGGCUUGAGUUGUUUUUUUUUUUUUUUGGAAACAUUAAGAUUAUUUCAUGUACAGUCUGCAUGUAACUACUAUUUGUGAGAGUUGUUAACAUCAAUCAAUGUUCUUUCAUACUUCAA